AUAAACUGCCAACUAAUAAACUCUUAUUUGCAAACCCGACAUUUUGGGCCGGUGCGGUUUUGGAACCAGAGCCAAGUUGAUUUGAGCGUCCAAAACUGAAGGGGUUCAUCCGCUGGGGAGCACGAUUGUAUAUGUGUAACCUCACACGUAUGUCAUUCGAGUCUGGCUGGGGACCUGUGUUGCAUCUCUCCGUUUUAGGUUUUUGUAUUAAGGUGCACAAAUGCCCCGCAGCUACCGUUGUGUACACAGAGUACCGAACCAGCGUUCACUCAGGGGUCUCGUCUCCUCUCCUACAGUUCCGCCUCCAACCAACGUGACUUUGAGCUGCCAAAAUCUCAAAACCACAGUCAGCUGGGAAUACAGCAAACAGCAACCGCCAACCUACUUCAGCGUUCGUAUCGGAUCAUCUGCUGGGCCUUAUGAGAAUGAAACCGCGGACCACCGGUAUGAUCUGAGCCAUUUUGUCUGGAAAACCGAAGAGCACUACAUGGGCUUCCAUUACGUCAAUGUAACAGCCAUACAGGGAAGCACCAAGUCCCUACCAGUACAGUCCAAAUCCCUCACCUUUAAUAACUUGAAGACGGCUCAUAUAAAAUGUGCUUUGGAUUUCCCCCCCGCGAAACUGACCUCAGAGGACUCGGGGACAACAGUCAGUUUCCAGAAUCCCCUCCACUUCUACAAAGAACUGAAACAGGCCAACAAGUUGCACAAAGUCUUCUUUGAAUUCAACGUCUCUUCGGAUGACAGACAUUUUGAGUCAGUUUGCAGCUCGGAACAGAUCAUUUGCAAGGAAGUCAUCUCGUUCCCUGAGGGCGUGGAGGAGUGCGUCACGCUGAAAGGAUGGUUGGGUGGUGAGAAGAGCGCCGACAGAGUGGUGUUCAGAGAGACGGGCCUCAUCUGCCUCAGCAAAUCAGAGGAGGGCAACGCAGAGGUGACGCUUACUAUACUGCUGUGUGUUGUUAUCCUCGUAAUCUGUUUGAUAACAGCUGCCAUCUGUAAGGUGAGGGCCUGGACAAUGAAGCUACAAAGUCCACCCAAAGCUCUGGACUUAGAGCUGUCAAACCAUGGUGAACGGCACUUGAGGUAUAAUACUGUGGCCACCACACCGAUCAGUGUUGUCCGACUGAUAAAGGCGAACGGCUCCACAGAGAACCUCCAGGACAGCGGCCUCUGCUCGGUCUUGCAGCAUCUCACCAAAUCCCUCUACGCGACAGGAGGACUUUCGGAGGAAAGCAGCCAGAGGCUGAAAGCUGUGGGGUUGAUGUCCGAGGGACACGGGACAGAUGACGACUCUGCAGACGACUCUUUGAAAACAGAGUGUGUUUCGAUGGAUGAGGCGGAAGAGGAAACGGAACCCGUGUCAAACUAUGACCGCCCGCACAUUCUGCAAGCGGACAUAGGUGAUGGAGACAUGGUCGAGGUUUACACCAAGAGGUAAAAGAACCGUCAGAGGCCUUGGUUUGGGACUAAAGAACGUUUCUAAGGUCAUUCGCAACCUCCUCAGAGUUACGACGCAAACGGGAUUAGAUGGAUUCCGGUAGGCCCUGCCCACACAGACAUUUUGGAAAGACGACACCGGCUUCAGUUGACCUGAGCUCCCGUGGCGUUUUUAAUCGGACGCAGCAGCGCAGGUUAAUGUCCAGGAAUGGUUGCUUCACAACACCAGAGGGAGAUUUUUUUUAUUUUUUUUAAAUCUCAAACAGUUUUAAAAGAAGAACAGGAGUUUGUCGGCUAUUUAUUUUUAAUAAUGGCUGAAACUUUCAAUUGCAUGUGUAGCUGUUCAUAUAGCUCAUAAGGUGAAGGGGGGCUCCAUGUAUUCUAAUCUAAAAUCUUUACUGUUUGUUUUUUUUUUUUUUUAAGGUGACAGUUCACCCAAAUGACUGGCGUGCACACACACACACGUUUCAAGUGGUAUCCAAUCAUGUAGACUUUGGUUUUAUUUGCCCUGGUUUAUUUAUACGUCUAAGAUUUCUGGUAUUUUGGAUGUGCAGUUCACAGAUGUGAAUUGUAGUGAGGCUUAAAUAGUUUAAAUAGCAAGGUCUAGGUGAGUAUAGCAAAGUUGUAGGUGUCGUAAAAUACUUCUCAGUGUUGUACACAAUGCCACACGUAAUUAGUUGUCUCAACCUGCAAAACCGGCUUUGCUCCUACAGUGUGUGGGAGUUUUAUUCUUUUAUUUGCAUUGUGAGAUUAGAUCUUUUCUGAACAUUACUUCAGGUUCUGUGCAUAUUUUUUGGGGGGGUUGUAUAAAACUCAAUUUCAUAAGAGAUGGUUACCUAUUACAAUAAAGUAAUUUUACGAUAAUUGUUCAGUUUCCCUUUAGAAUUAAAAAUCAAAGUCAAAUUGA